AUGAGAAGCGUCAUCACGCAAUACCCAGUCGAUCGCUAUAUGGUCGAAAGCAGCAAAAAGUACGAGAUCGUUAAUAUUAUAGAUGAUGACUUAUGGAACACAGAGCCAGCCUUAAAACCAGAAGAUGAAAUAAUAUUAAGGAAACUGCAUGAAAUGCUGCAAUCGACUGCGGAUGACCUCAAGCUGCUCUCCGGGGAACUGACGAAAUUUCACGAACCGGGCGUGCAAGUCAAGACUGCGCCUACACCAUUAGAUGAAGAAUUUAACGAAAAAGUUCAUAUUGAAGAAAUUGUAAAUGCCAAAUUCCACGGGUACAAAAUCAUUGAUAAACCCUUGCACGGGCCUGAGUACAAUGUCAGUCCUAAAGAUAAUAUACAAAAAUCUAACAAAAAUAAUGCUAACCCUCAUUUAAAUACCGCGCCAAUAGUUAAGAAGCCUCUUACUAGAAAUUUAGGAGUAACACGCACUAAGGUGAUACAAAUCGAUGGUAAUCAAGAUAGCACAAAGUCUGAAAAAAUGAAUAAUAGUAGAAUAGUAAAUGCUCCAGUAGCUUAUAGCGAGUAUUCUUUUAAAUAUAUAGAACCUAAGCUUAAUACGCCAUGCAAAAAUUUCCAAGUACAAGUGAUGCCAAGUAUAAAUAUUAGAAGUGAAUUGAAGGAACAGAAGGUUUUACAGUUAGACAUUCUUCCUGAGAAUAACAAAUCUGAAAAAUCGGAUAUGGUCACUAAGAAUGUAGCUGUAGUGGCAGCGCAGCACGAAGAACCGCCAAAACCAGUACUCAAUACUACGAUAACUCAUGAAUUUAAUAAAACAACAGAAAGCAAGCAAAUAAUUAAGCCGAAAGUAAGAAAAGUUUCCAAGUUGUCACCUUGCGAAAGUAGUGUCUCUAAUGUAAGCUCUGACACUCAAUUUAAAUUAAAAACACAAAAACGAUUACUGACAAAUAUCGUUCGGUCUAAUCUACAAAAAGAAAUUACUAAAAAACAAUCAGAUAAACGAUCACAAGCAAAUCUUAAUGAAUGGCGAAAGAAGCUUAAUAUCGUUUAUGGACCUUCUUCCAGUAGAACUAAAGUAAAGAACAAACCUAAAGUCUCGCCUAAAAAGAAAAAUACUACACAAAACGCUUCAACUAAAGCUAGCUCUUUAAAUAAUGCUGAGUAUAUACCAUACUCAAACCUCACUAUUGGCGGUGCAAGAGCUAGUGAUAUUGAAAGAGAAAUAUCUAAGAUGCCAAAUAAAAACAAUAUACCCUUAAGUCCUAUACUUGAUAAAAUCAUUGGAAGUCGGGAAAAUUCUUUCGUAGAGAAAAACCCCGGAAAACACAAAAAUGUAGAUAAAUUAAAAGUUCUGACUACUUCCGACGAAAAUUUGCUGCAAGAAGUAAUCGACAUUGAGAAAACAGUAAGUGAGACUUUAUCUAAAAAUAUUAAAAGCACAGAUAGUGAUCCAAAACUACAACCUGUACUAAGCGACACCGAUGAAACUGAAGAAAAUGAAAGCUACGUUGAUGAUUUUGAGGAUGAAAAAUCUGAUAACUCUGGGCAAUCGGACCCAAAAAUGUACAGUAAACAUUCCAGUGAAAGUAGUAAAAGGAGCGAUAAUGCGAACAAAAAUAAAGAUAAAGUUAGGGACAUCAAAGCAGGACCAAGUACAUCCAAUAUAAACGUGCACAAUUUGACAUAUACGAAAAAACCAAAUUUGUCUUUAAAAACUAAAGUUGAUAUUUUUGAGUUUGUACACCCAGUUGUUACACAAGAUUCUGCAACACAAAGUAUUGGUACGCAACGGAUAUCACCGAAGGAAACUCAAACCACGCCUAGGAGUGAGACAAAUGUACAACCUAUACACAACGAUCUCUGGCCCACUAUUGACCCAAAAGGCCAAGUAGAAAAAAUGUUUGAAUUGGAAAAAGAGUUUAUAAAAAAACUUAUAGUUGAAGAAUACGGCGAUAUGUUAGAAAAGAAUAUAGCUAAGCCCUCUACAUCUGAGGAGGUCAAUAAAAAUAAAGUGAAUGUUGUAGCAUCUCAAAAAAAUACUCAAACUUCUCCCGCGCAUGUAAAAAAUGUUAUGACAUCACCAACUAGAACUAAAACGAGGACAACAUCGCCAUUCACAACUAUAACAGUCGAUCAUCACACCAGCCCUUUAGUAUUUGUCACCGAUGGAAACGAUACCAAAUUGGAAACUAAACUAAAUGAACAAGAUCUAGAUAUUUCUGUAAAUUUAUCUUCUCCUAGGUUUAGUUUGCGCUUGCCAAGAAAUUCUCAAGAAGGUUUGUCAAAUGUUGAAGGUAGUAUACCAAGAACAAGCAAAAAACAUGAAAGAGCUUUAUCAGAAGCUAGAAAAAGUACCAUAGAAGCGGCAAAUGCUAAAAAGAGUAACCUUAAUCGUUCAAUAACAAGUACAAGUUCUGUAGAAGCUGACUCUUCAGAUUUAAGUAGUCUAGGUGAAGUAAAACUUAGAAGAAUGAUAGAAAAAAAUAUUAUACGCAAGAUUUCUUCUGAUUGUGAAUCUGCUUUUUCUCUUUCAUCAUCUAAUUAUACCUCAGACGGCCAGUCAGGUAUAUUGCCUUUGCGGAGCGAAGGUGAAAUGAGUUUGGGAUUGAUUAGAAAAUCUAGUAGGCACAGUAGAAGUGAAGGAGAGGCUAGCUUCGGUAUGCUGUAA